AUGACGCCGUCGCUUCUCGCCAAAUCGGGAGACCUUCUCGGGCGUCUGCUGGCAGCCAUCAACGAUGGUCGCUACGAGAAUGGGGCGAUCCGGAAUCGGCCCACCGGCCUCUGGUCGCUGGUGGCCGCGCCGAAGAUAAAGCAGUACCUGGAGGACGUCUUUGAGGAGUCCACUGAAGAGGGUAAAGAGAAAGCCAUUUUAGUUCGCUCAGCUGUGGAGGACUUUGAGGUGGAGGUGCUGACGGUGAUGGACCACCUUCCCAAGGCCUACAUUCACGGCGACUUUAACGAGCAGAAUAUUCUGGUCGAUGAUGAGGAUGAUAAAGAUUUUGAGCUGGCAGUCAUCGACUUUGGCGACAUCUCCUACAGUCCCCGAGUGUUCGACAUUGCCAUCGCCAACCGAAAGGGCAACCGUGGUGCAUCUCGCGGUGGUGGCCAACAGAAUCGACCACCACCACAACAACAGGCUAAUCCGAGUGGCCAGCAGCAGAGCAAUCGAGAGGAGUAUGCUCCUCGCGGUGGUGGCCAACAGAAUCGACCACCACCACAACAACAGGCUAAUCCGAGUGGCCAGCAGCAGAGCAAUCGAGAGGAGUAUGCUCCUCGCGGUGGUGGCCAACAGAAUCGACCACCACCACAACAACAGGCUAAUCCGAGUGGCCAGCAGCAGAGCAAUCGAGAGGAGUAUGCUCCUCGUGGUGGUGGCGGUGGCUAUCAACAGCCUCGAGCCGGCUUCAACCAGGGCGGAGACAAUAGAAACCGUGAGCAUCCAAGCGGUUCGGGCGGUGGUGGCCGCGGCGGCUUCAAUCGAAGAGGACACCAGGGCGGAAGAGGCGGCGGAUUCCAGCAGCCUCAAGGCGGUGCACCUGCUGGGGAAACGCCCCGAAUGCCCAGCUCGGUGGUGCACAAGGCGCUGCUGCCGAGCAAGCACGUUCAACCAGAACACCUGAAGACGUUUCCCGUCCUGGCCAACUUCUACCGCAUCGCCGUCUCUGACAUUGUCGUACAGCACUACGAUGUGACCAUCAGCAGCAGCAGCAGCAGCAGCAGCAGUUCCCAUCAUCAGUCACAGGGGGAGAAAAAGAAACAGCCUGCCCGGGCGCAGGCUCCUUCCACUUCCGCUGAUGUUUCCGGUGCAGAGGAGGCAAUGGCUGCGCUGGCAAUCGUCGACGAGAAGGCGGAGCUCUUCAUCAAGAAAUUCUCUCCGGAGAUCUUUGCCGCCUUCCAGAAGGAUCAUCCAGGCUACUUUACUAACAGCAGCACCAUCUACGACGGCUACAAGGCGCUGUACUCGGUCCGCCUGCUGCCCAUUCUACCAGAGCAGGAGUUCCUGCAGAAGGCCCUAAUUCAGGGCCGAGAGCGGACCUUCAAGGUGAAGAUCAAGCACGUGGAGCGCAUCGACCUCUCGGCGGCGAACGACUUCUUCGAGCAGAAGGUGAGCGAGAUUCCGGAGCGCGUCUUCUCCGUCCUGGAGAUCAUCUUCAAGCGGCUGAUCACCGACGCCGGCUACACCGCCUUCCAGCGAAAGUACUUUGACGUGGGCGGAGAACGUGAAAACUUCCGAAACAUUUACGACCUAGUUCGAGGCUUCCUCUGCGGCGUCCGCCAGACGCAGUUUGGCCUCGCUCUCAAUGUCCACCUGAAGGCGACGGCCAUCAUCAGCAAGUCCUUCAAGCGACUCGAUCACCUGGUGGCCAGUCUGCUGGGGCUAAACGAUGCCCGAGAGCUAGAGCAGAGGAUGCCGUUGAAGUUCUAUCAGCUGGCCAAGGUCAAUGAGACCAUCAAGAGCCUGGUCAUCUACGUCUGCCACGGCCAGAAGAUGAACUUCAAGGUGGCCAAGCUGACCAAUGAGAAGCCCGAACGGUACCAGUUUGAGUACAGCGAGAACAAGAGUUCUCCGCCGCGGAUGAUCACCACCUAUGAGUACUUCCGCCUAAAAUACCCAAACGUGAAGAUAAACCCACGGCUGCCGAUGGUGAUGCUGACGAAGAAGAAAACCUACAUGCCGCUGGACCUCUGUCUAAUUAAGGACGUCCACUUCUUGAGCACCCGUCUGCUGGCCGAGGACACCGACGUCCAGUCGAAGUUGCUCACCUUCAGUACACUUAGCCCGACGGUGUACUUCAACUCGACGCACAAAAUUGUGAAUCAAAUCGCCGCCGGAGGAGGAGAAGGAAACAAGGCUGCCGAGGUAAAGCGAGACUUUGGCCUGGAGCAGUUCAGCCUGGAGGCGGUUCGCCUCAAUGCCCACCAGCUGAACGAGCCGAUGGUGCACAACACCCGCCCCUUUGACCGCUUCUACGAGCCCCAGAAGGAGGAGGUGAAGUUUGCCGUCGUCUGCCUGGACCCUGACGUCCAGCUGAAUAAGCUGAAGGGCUUUGUCGAGGAGAUGGUCCGCGAGGCCACCAGCAAAGGCCUGAAGAUGAAGAAUAUUCGAGGGCUGAUGACUGUCGGCUGGGAGGAGAUUGGCUGCGCUCAGGAUGUAGAGCAGAAGUGCGGCCAGAUUGACCGAAGCGGCGGACUGAACUAUGUCUUCUUUGUCUUUCCGUCGGUGCUACGUGGUUACACAGCCCGAAACGGAUCCGCUAGCACAAAGGAGAUCUACAACAUCGUGAAGCACAUCUUUGAUCAGAAGCUGGGACUGAUGUCGCAGGGCAUCAACUCGAAGAACGUCAAAAGAACGCCCAAGGGUUUCUUUAAUAACUUUCUGCUGAAGACAAACGGCAAAAUGGACGGCAUCAACACGGCAAUUGAUGAGCGCACCCUGAAGAGCAUUCGCAAUGUGGAUCCCGCCUCGAUGAUGGUCGUCGGCGUGGACGUGUUCCACCCUGGUUCGACUGAUGAGGUGCAGUCGUCGAUUGCUGCCGCCAUUGGCUCCUACGAUAAGGGAUUCACGCGGUACAGCGCCAGCAUAAGGGUGCAGAAGAAGGAGAACAAGGACCGGGAGAUGAUCGUCCAGAUUGGAGAUAUGAUGGGCGAACUUCUGCUGCAGUACAAGAAGCAGAAUGGAGGUCGUUUUCCCACCGCCAUCUUCAUCUUCCGCGACGGCGUCUCCGAGGGACAGCUGGAUAAGCUGCGCACCAUUGAGCUGAAGGCAAUUGAGGCGGCUGUCAGUCGGGUCAUUGGACCGUCGAAGACGCCCACCAAGCUGUCGCUGAUUUGCGUGCAGAAGCGCCAUCACACUCGAUUUGCCUAUGCCGAGGCAAAGCUGUUCACGGAUCGCUUUGGCAAUCAGAAGGCGCUCAAUGUGCCGAAGGGCACGGUGGUCGACUCGAUGAUCGUCGAUCCGGACAAUGAGGAGUUCUACCUGGCCAGUCAUGACAGUCCUCUGGGAACCACCAAGCCCACCAAGUACAUCAAAAUUCGGGACGACCUUCGCCUGUCGAUGACCGAUCUGCAGAACUUCUGCAACUACGCCUGUUACCAGUGCGUGCGAACGCGCAGUCCGAUCAGCAUUCCCACGGCCAUUCGAUACGCCGACCUCUGCGCCUACCGAAGUGGCGCCCACAUCAAGGUGGUGAAUGCCGAGCCGAGCUACGGGCGCAUUGCCAAUGCCGAAGAGCGAGAGCGCAAGAUCAUCAGCGACCUGAAUGAGGCAGUGAAGGUGAAUGAGAAGCUGAAGCACAAGCUGUACUACAGUUAA